GAGGAGCCACAUCGUUUCUUCUGAACCAGGUCGUGGUGGGAGUUAAUGAGACGCUGCGCUCUGAGGAAAAGACCAACAGGAUUCAAACAGGUGUCCGGUUCACUCCCAUCAGCUCUGACCAGGAGGAGGAGGAGGAGGAAGAGAAAGAAGGGGUGACAAAAAGGAAAAAAAACAAGGGAAAGAACGGAUAUUCGCUGUUUUUAAAAAAAAAUAUUCUAAAAAAGACGAUUAACAACGUUUCAGUCAACCUGAAUGUGUCCUAUGUUUCUGUGUAAACCGUGCGCUUUUGGCUUCACAUCAGCGGCGACAAAGACGAACCAGGAGAAAGCAGAAGCUCGUUAGAAGAGCAGGACAGGACAGGAGUGAGCUCGCCUAUUCCUCCUUCUCUUCUCCUUUCUUUCCUUUCUCGCAGAGAAGGAGGAGGAGGAGGAGGAGGUGGUGGUGGUAGAAGAAGAAGAAGAAGAGAGGCGGUGACAGACGUCCCCCACGGGACAGGCCGACAGAUCCACGCUGCUAACAGGUGUGUCUGAAGAGGACACGCCGCUCCAAUCUGUACCACCCGGCCGGUCCGGUCCACCAAAACCCCCUGCCCGCCUGCCAGUCUACACGCCCCGGGACUAAACUCUUUGUGUCUGCUGGAAUUACAGUCAGACAGCCGCGGGUUUGUAGUUCCACUCGUCCGUUUGGGCAGCAUCCCUUGUCCUUUUCCUCUUUCGGUCUCGUCGCAAUUUUCCAUUGGUGCGUAACAGCACCAGCAGGAGGGAGGAAGCAGCAGCAGCAGCAGGAGGUAGAGGAGGAGGAGGAGGAGGAGAAGGAGGGACACACACUGCUAAUUUAUGAAAACCAAUGAGACUUUGUAGCAAGGUGUUUUUUAUUUAUUGAGACAUGGAAGUAAAUUAGAGGUCCGUGAAUUUGCUUCUCACUACAAAUCUGAGGGUUCGUCACAGUUAGUCCGGCGACGUUCGCGAACCGAGCCGAAGGGAGCUCUCCCUUGUUUAUUUCAACUAAGUGGUCCUCGUUUUUUUGUUUGUUUUGGUUUUUAUCAUGAAGAGGACCAGCAGCGGGGCGGACACGGUCACCACCUCCACCACUAACACACACCAGCAGCAGCAGCAGAGGAGCCGGAGUCCCAGCAGCUGCGGCAGCGCGGCUCCAGCGGCUUCGGAGAUGUUCGGCGAAUUUCAGGACUGGUGCCUGCGGACGUACGGGGACUCCGGUAAGACCAAAACCGUGACGCGGCGCAAGUACAACAAAAUCCUGCAGACGCUGCUCCAGGUGGACGAGGAGAAGGGCAACGGGGUGUUUGUGCACGACAAGAGCCACAGCAACCACACGAAUGCCAAAUUCAAAUUCUGGGUCAAGUCCAAGGGCUUCCAGGUCAAGACUGUCCCCGACGGCAAGAACGGCUCCCCGGACAGACCGGUGCUCUACGUCCCCAUCAAAGCGACGUGCGUGGACAGUGUGUCCGGCGUGGACUCGUCCCUUAAGCGCGUGGCAGUGGUGGAGGAUUUCUUUGACAUCAUCUACGCCAUGCAUGUGGAGAUCAGCGCCGACCCAGGGAAAGCACCAAAACAUGCCGGCCAGAAGAAGACCUACAAAGCUAUUGCAGAGACGUACGCCUUCUUGCCCAGAGAGGCUGUGACUCAUUUCCUGAUGAGCUGUGGCGAGUGUCAGAAGAGGAUGCACAUCAGCACUACAGGACAAGACUACAAAGAGAACGACAGGCCGAGCUCUCUGGUGUCGGAGGUGAUAGACUACAACAUGCCUCUCACCACCACCUACAUGAAGCAGAUGAAGCUGCAGUGCAUGAACAACAACAAGGAUGACAGUUCACUGAGCAGUGAGGAGGAGGCCGAGAUGAGCGAGCCCACAUGGCUAGCAGCUGAUCUGGGAGCAGCGUCUGACCUGAGUCCACCGAGUCGAGAAAAGAGGAUGCGCCACAGUCCCCAGAACGCACACAGCAAGGACGACGAUGAUGAUUCAUCAUCAGAGAGCGGCAGUGGCAAUGGCCUGCCUGUGCUGACCCCGCCCUCUUCCGCUGUGACGGAUGGCACCAUUGUCAGGGAAACCAAGGUUAUCAAUGGCAACGGCGGCCCUGUCCCACUCGACUUCAGCACGCCGACUUCCUCCUCCUCGUCAUCUGAGGACCAGCAGCCGGUCAACCUGAGUGACCCGCCCCCUCAGCGCCUGCCCCUUUCUACCGCUCACCUGCCCGUCACUGUGUCAGCAGCAGCCGCGGCGCUGCUCGGCGCUCUGCAUCCCAAUGCGUCCGAGGAGCUCCGCAGGAAGUACCCGCUCGCAGCCAAACCUCCCGUCGCUCCACACCCGGCCCUGCCGCUGCCACACACACAUAACGCACUCACUUUGACCUCACACUCCCAGUCCCACACACACACUGCUGAGCUGCGACUGGACAGAGACAGCAGGGACUACGGGGGCAAGUCCCCACAGUACAGUUCAGGCGGCAGCUAUGACAGCAUCAAGAUGGACUUGAGUGCCGAGGACCUGACCGUGGGGCGUCAUGGUAGCCAGGUUGCCCCAGACGAUGACGACGACGACCACGAUGACCACGACGACAACGACAAGAUCAACGACACAGAGGGAGUGGAUCCCGAGAGACUAAAGGCCUUCAAUAUGUUUGUGCGUCUGUUUGUGGACGAGAACCUGGAUCGGAUGGUACCCAUCUCCAAACAGCCCAAGGAAAAGAUCCAGGCCAUCAUCGAGUCCUGCAGCAGACAGUUCCCAGAAUUCCAAGAACGUGCUCGCAAGCGCAUCCGCACCUACCUCAAAUCCUGCCGGCGCAUGAAGAAGAACGGCAUGGAGACCCGUCCUACUCCACCUCACCUCACCUCAGCCAUGGCUGAGAAUAUUCUGGCAGCUGCCUGUGAGAGUGAAUCACGCAACGCUGCAAAAAGAAUGCGUCUUGAAACCUAUCAUGAUGAACAGAUCUCACUGGACAAGCCAUCCAGUGGUGGAGGAAGUCUGAGGGAACCAGCAUCCCUCGCUCACUCCGCCUACUCCCUGGCCGCAUCAGCCUUCUCCUCCCAGGACGCCCAGCUCUACAUCAACGGAGCCGGUCUGAGCUAUGGUUACCGUGGAUACCCAGGCCUGGGCGCUGCCAUGCAACACCCCGUUUCCCUGACGACUGGCGCUGCUGUUCAGAGCAAUGGUCCCACAGACCUCAGUAUGAAGUCUCUGUCCUCUGCCAACAUCGGCAACUCCUCGUCUACUGCCACCAACAGCCUGGGUGGACGAGGCAGUGGAGGUGGCGGAGGGGGUGGGGCCUCAACCCAGCUCAGCCAACCGGAGAUCACCGCCGUGCGUCAGCUGAUCGCAGGCUACCGGGAAUCAGCUGCCUUCCUGCUUCGCUCAGCAGAUGAGCUGGAGAACCUCAUCCUGCAGCAGAACUAAAUCGGGGGAAACGUGGGGGAGAACACACACAAACACACAUCAGUGAGCACACACACGCAUACACACACUGUCCCUUAUAUUUAGUAUGUGUGUGUGUGUGUGUGUGUGUCUGCGUCCGCCUGUGUCUCCUCUUGUGUGUUGCUCUUGCCUCCUUCAAUUGGCUUUUGUUGUUUUUUGGAAACGUUUUUUAAAGGAGAAGCGCACUGGAGGGCUUUCCGCCCGUCCUCUCUGCGAGCACCUCACAAUCAUUGCUGCACUCUGAACAGACGAGUGUGGAAGGGAGGAGUAGCCCGGAUGAAGAGAGAAGAAGACUGCUGCUGUGGUUUUUUUUUUGUCCUCGUGGAAGGAAAAGUGAAGUUUUUGAGCUUUCCUGUAAAGCUCCAACCUCGGG